AGUCAGAAGCGCGAGACUCUCCGGUCUCCACAGAGCUCUGUGUAAACUGAAGCCAUGUCCCUCCUUCCCUCUAACUCCAAGCUUGGCUCUGUCCACCUCCAUGUCCAGUGUCUCCACCCUCCAAACCAUAUCCCUAUGCGUGCACUCCCUUAUCAUCGUCGCCAAACACUCCGAGUCCUCAGCGCCAAGAGGACCGGCAAACAGAGGUACCCAUCAGAGAAGAAGGAGCUCAAAUUGAAGCACCAGGAAAUCGUAGGGGACGUGAAGAACAAGUUCGCGGGUAUUUGGAGGCUUUCCAAGCUCGGAGUUCCCGUCCACAAGGACCCUGGAAAGGACUUUCUCGGCGUCUCCGAGGGCCUGCUUGAACAGAUUGCCAAAGUGCUCGAGUUUCCGGUUGCUUCAAUGCUGCCGACAGAGGCGUUCACGGUGGUUCGGAAAUCUUUUGAUGCAAGGAAGAGGCUGAAAGAACCCAAAUUCGUGUACGUUGUGGAAAUGGAUGUCAACAAACUUCUGAGUCUAGAGCCUCGGGCUUGGGAUUUCAUUUCUGAGUUGCAGCCUAAAGUUGGGCUGGUAGAACACAUGCCUGAAGCAAAUAAAUCUGGAGAUUUGAUCAGUAUCAUACUUGGCUUUAAAAAUGUACAUCAAGGUACAGUUUCAAGAGAAAGUGCGCACAACAUGAACAAUGGGUCCCAAGGAUUAUACACGCAUCCGACGGCUAGAAAACCAAAAAUUGCAGUGGUGGGUAGUGGACCAUCAGGGUUGUUUGCCUCCCUUGUUCUUGCAGAAUUUGGUGCAGAUGUCACGUUAAUAGAAAGAGGUCAGCCCGUUGAACAAAGGGGCCGCGACAUUGGUGCUCUGGUUGUCCGCCGAAUGUUGCAAACGGAAAGCAAUUUUUGCUUUGGGGAGGGUGGUGCAGGUACAUGGAGUGAUGGAAAGCUGGUGACUAGGAUUGGAAGAAACAGUGGCAGUGUUUUGGCGGUUAUGGAAACUUUAGUUCACUUCGGAGCUCCUGAGGGAAUCUUGGUUGAUGGAAAGCCUCAUUUGGGGACAGAUAGAUUGAUUCCAUUACUUCGCAAUUUUCGGCAACAUCUACAAAAUCUGGGUGUUACCAUCAAAUUUGGGAUGAGGGUAGAUGAUCUCCUUGUAGAUAACGGACAAGUUGUGGGUGUCAAAGUUUCGGAUUCGGUUGACAGACAGUCUAAUACCCAGAAAUGGGGAUAUGAUGCUGUUGUUCUAGCUGUUGGGCAUUCUGCACGUGAUAUCUAUCAAACUCUUCUAUCUCAUAACAUAGACUUGGUCCCAAAAGAUUUUGCUGUUGGCUUGCGGAUUGAGCAUCCUCAAGAAGUAAUAAACAGCUUACAGUAUUCUGGACUGGCAACUGAGGUCCGGAGAGGACGUGGUAAAGUACCAGUGGCAGAUUACAAGGUUGCCAAAUAUGCAAGUGGAAAGGAUGGGGAUGAACCUUUACAGGCAACAAGUCGUAGUUGCUAUUCCUUCUGUAUGUGUCCCGGUGGUCAGGUUGUUCUCACUGGUACAAAGCCAUCUGAAAUCUGUAUCAAUGGCAUGUCAUUUUCUAGACGUGCGUCAAAGUGGGCAAAUGCUGCACUUGUUGUAACCGUCUCAAUGAAAGAUUUUGAUGCAUUGAAUCUCCAUGGACCUCUUGCAGGGGUUGAGUUUCAGAGGGAAUUUGAGCAAAGAGCAGCUAGAAUGGGAGGGGGAAAUUUUGUGGUGCCUGUGCAGACAGUUACGGAUUUUUUGCACAAUAAGUUGUCAGGGACAUCUGUGCCACCUUCAAGUUAUCGACUAGGAGUGAAGGCAGCAAAUCUCCACGAGAUAUUCCCCAUUCAUAUAACAGAGACUUUGCAACAUUCAAUCUCAGCGUUUGACAAAGAGUUACCAGGUUUUAUCUCCAAAGAGGCCCUUCUUCAUGGAGUGGAGACUAGGACUAGCUCUCCCAUCCAGAUUCCCCGUGGAAUUGACACUUAUGAGAGCACAUCGUUGAAAGGUCUUUACCCUGUUGGUGAAGGAGCGGGUUAUGCUGGAGGGAUUGUAAGUGCAGCUGUGGAUGGCAUGUGUGCUGGUUUUGCAGUGGCAAAGAAUUUUGGUCUGUGUAAUGAUGGCAUAGAGUCAAUUUUGGGCAAGGCGCGGACUGCUGGAUAUUUGGAGUACUAGAAACAUAUUUGGUGUUUCUUAAAGUUGGUUCCAAGUGCCCUGCAAAAGAGGCUCAAUCAUCUGCAUCGAAGAGCUGAGCAGCUUGAUAAGAUUCCUUGUUCCAUCAAAGAUUCAAAUUCUGUACUGUAGUAGAGCAAGCUGGUUGAUGCAUUUGGAAGAACAGUGAUGGAAAAAAUGUAAUUUUGCUGCCCGCCAGAGACCGGUUUGUGUAUGAUGAUGGGUUACUAUCUUUUGCAUCUGAUAUAAAGCUGAAGUGGGAUUUAAGAGUUGUCACAGAAAAGCAGCUAAGAGGAGGUUGAUUGCUAACAUGACAUGAACGUAGUUCUCUAGCCCUGUGUAAGGUGGUAUAAGAACAUUUCAAGCAACAUUAACUUGUUUGUACUUCCAGUGUGAGCUUGAUUUCAUAAAUCUAACUCUUCGAUUUGUUCGCUCGCCAAGAAAAGAAAAAAAACUCUCCGAUUUGUAAUAGGUGGUUCAAAUGAAUGAAAGAGAGAUUUCAGUUU